UGUUUUGUUUGGCAGAACAAAUUUGACUUCUUCUGGAGCCAAACGUUCCCUUCCGCACGCGAAAGUGGUGCAGUGAGUGAAGGGAAAUACGUCCAAGAUGGGAAAGUUCGACUUCCGUAAGUCAGAACCCACGGAAGCCAAACUUUCGAAAAGUUUAGGCGCCCCCCGCCCCUAUAUCAGUUGCCCUAGCGAGCCCUCGAGAAAAUACCACUUUCUCUCUCCUCCUGAAAAUCUCUCCCUCUUCCUCUCUCCCCUCCUGAAAUCCCCUCUUUCUCUCUGCAGGAGUGCAGCAGGCAAACAUUACACAGGUAUUCUCUCUUCCCCGAAAAUUUCUCCCUCCCUCGCUCCUCUUGUAAAUCCAUCUCUACCGUUCUUCUCUCUUUCACUCUGCUCCUCCCUCUUCCCUCGUCUCUCUGCUUUAUUUCUUGGUCCCUCUCUCUCCCCCUAAUCUCUUUAGCAUUAAAGCUCAACCGAGGCGCUCUCUCCCAUCGAAUCUCAACCAAGGCUCGCCCUGUCUUCUCAAGUUUCAUUCCGAACUAGUAAGUUUACAGGAAACGUUUACCUUCCUGCAAUCAAGCACGCUUUCUACCUCCAUUUCUCUCUCUCUCUCUCUCUCUCACUCUCUCUCUCCCCCUUCCCCCCGACAGCGCAACCAUGGACUCUGAGACCCUUCAGCCUGAUCCUGAACCAGCGAGCCCAUCCUCUUCUAGCCCAAGCUCCAGCCCAGACCGUAAUGGCCCAGCCCAACCCCCAGACCCUACACUUGAAUAUGAAAUCUCAGAGCAAAGCCGAAAGGCCAAGGAGCGACAUGACCAAGCCAUCCAAGACCUCCUCCUAAAACGCAGAGCUCAAGCCCUAGCCAUUCCCACUAAUGACUCAGCUGUUCGAGCUCGUCUUCGCCUCCUGAAUGAACCCAUUACCCUAUUCGGAGAGAGAGAAAUGGAGCGAAGGGAUCGAUUGCGAUCCAUAAUGGCCAAACUUGAUGCGGAGGGCCACCUAGAAACCCUAAUGAAGGCCCAUGAAGAGCAGGAAAUGGCUGAGAAGGAGAGAGAAGAUGAAGAACCCAUGGCUUCGUACCCUUUUUACACAGAGGGUAGUAAGGACUUGGUUGAUGUGAGGUUGGAUAUUUCGAAGUUUUCAUUCUCUAGGGCUUCUUCUAGGUUAGAGAGAGCGAGGAGGAGGAGAGGGGAUCCCGAUGAAGAUGAGGAUGGAGAGCUGAACUAUGCAUUGGAAUAUGCGUCGGGCUUGACACUUCAGUGUAGUGAGAUUGGGGAUGAUAGGCCUCUCUCUGGUUGUGGUUUUUCGCAUGAUGGUACACUGCUUGCUACGAGUGCUUGGAGUGGAACAGCAAAAAUAUGGAGCAUGCCACAAGUAGAAAAGGUUGCCACUUUAAAAGGCCACAAAGAACGCGCAACUGAUGUUGCAUUUUCUCCGGUAAGCAAUCAUUUAGCAACUGCAUGUGCCGAUCGCACGGCGAUUUUGUGGAACUCAGAAGGGUCUCUUUUGCAAACAUUUAAAGGUCAUUUGGAUCGCCUUGCCCGCAUCGCUUUCCAUCCAUCUGGAAAGUACUUGGGCAGUGCUAGCUUUGACAAGACAUGGAGACUGUGGGAUAUCAAUUCAGGGGUUGAACUGCUCCUUCAAGAAGGUCACAGUAGGAGUGUUUAUGGAAUCUGUUUCCAUUGUGAUGGAUCUCUAGCAGCAACAUGUGGCUUAGAUGCUCUAGCUCGUAUUUGGGACCUUCGCACAGGAAAAAGCAUUCUUGCUUUAGAAGGUCAUAUUAAACCUGUUCUUGGGAUAGAUUUUUCUCCCAAUGGCUACCAUUUGGCUACAGGUGCCGAAGACAAUGCAUGCCGUAUUUGGGAUUUGAGAAUGAAAAAGACAAUAAAAGUUAUACCAGCUCAUUCUCGCCUUAUUUCACAUGUCAAGUUUGAACCCCAAGAAGGAUAUUUCCUCGUUACUGCUUCGUAUGAUUGUACAGCCAAGGUGUGGUCUGCACGAGACUUCAAGCCUAUCAAGACCCUUUCAGGGCACGAAGCAAAAGUUGCAAGCCUAGAUGUAUCAGCUGAUGGCCAAUUCAUUGCAACUGUUGCAAUGGACCGAACUAUCAAGCUGUGGUCGAACACUAGCAAUGGGAAGGAGAGGGAAGCAUCUAUGGAUAUUGGUUAAGAUGCUUCAUCCUUUGGGUAUUUAUCUUCUCUGGACAAUUACGUGGUUCUGGAGGGUCAAUACAUAUAUUUUGCGCAUUUAUUGUUGGAUUCAUCAUUACUCAAGGCCACCAAAUGUGACUAGUUACCAUUUUCAUAUGAGGAAUCAUUUAACAUUUAUUUCCAUGUGAAAUACACACUAACCAAAAGUUGUGUGCGCAAAAAGGAACUCUCAUUAGUCGGUGAGUUUGAUGGUGGAGCAUCUGAUAAUUGUUGACGGUGAUCAUCGUUGAAAGUGUCAUGACUCCUGAUAAUUUGAGUAAUAUAAAUGGAUUUUUGGAUA